AUGGCGGGACUGAUGGAAGAAACCAGAGCCAAUACAGAAUACAUCCACAACAAAGGAUACAACGUGGUACAGAUGUGGAGUAUGAAUGGGGCGGGAUGAAGAGAACAUACAGUAAAUUACAAACAUUCAUCGCCACUGAAGUAAGAAGGAACCCUCGACAAAGCGAAAAUUAUGAGCCCAGAGCGAAUAUUGAGCGAGGUGCGAAGUGAGCAUUUGUUUGGGUGCAUGGAACUGGAUGUUGGUGUACCUGACCAUCUCAAAAAGAAAUUUAGUGAAAUGUGCCCCAUCUUUAAGAACACUGAUACCAGCCGUGACGAUUUUGGAGACUUCAUGAAAGCCUAUACUCAGAGGAAAGACGACUUUAUGGCACAGCCCCGUCUCAGUAAUAUUGGUAGUUAAAAAGAAGGUGACUAGAUCCUGUUGGGCACACCUUUGCUGAAAUGGUACCUGGAACAUGGUUUAGGGGUCACCAAAGUGCACCAAGUGGUCGAGUUUACCCCUGAAGCCUGCUUCAAACCGUUUGGCGAUGCAGUCUCAAACGCGAGACGAGCCGGUGCCAUCAUAGCGGAUACGAUGAAACUGGUAAGAUUUUGUUUCAUUUUUCGGUCAAAGGGGAGAAAAGUCUAUUUUCGUAUACACACCAUUUUUAUAAAAUCUACAUUUUUCUUAUUUAGGUGGGGAAUUCAGGCUAUGGUAAAACCAUCACCAACCAGCUGAAGCACAAGAAUGUGGAACACUGCAGUGAUGCCAAAGCCAGCCGCCAAGUCAAUACUCAACUGUUUCGCAAGCUAGAUGAUGUUACUGAAGACACAUGA